GCCGGGGACGUGUCGGGCGCUCGGAGGCUGAGUCCCGUUCCCGCCACCGCCGCGCGCCAUGGGGGAGCCGCCGCGCCUGGCCCGGCAGCUGCUCCUGGGCGGCCUGGCCGCCGUCUACGCCGCCGCCUUCGCCUCGCUGUAUCUGCAGGUCCCGGGGCUCUAUGGGAAAGAUGGCAUCCUGCCAGCCCGCAAGAUGCUGCGUCUCUCUGGGAAGGGCUUCUGGGAGCAGCUGCGGGACUCCCCGACGCUGCUGUGGCUUGGCCCACGCCUGGGGCUGGACACGGAACAGGGCAUGGAGCUGCUGUGCCUGCUGGGCAUGCUGACCUCCUUCGGCGCCCUGGUGCUUGAGCCCCUGCGGGACAGCCUCGUCUUCCUGCUACUCUGGGUGCUCUACCUCUCGCUCUACCAGGUGGGGCAGGUGUUCCUGUACUUCCAGUGGGACAGCCUCCUGCUGGAGACGGGCUUCCUGGCCGUGCUGGUGGCCCCCCUGCACCUGCUGAAGUGGCGCUCCACAGCCUGGCGGCCACACGACAGCAUCACCUUCUGGCUGAUGCGCUGGCUGCUCUUCCGCCUCAUGUUUGCCUCGGGAGUGGUGAAGCUGACAAGCCGCUGCCCAACGUGGUGGGGGCUCACAGCCCUGACCUAUCACUACGAGACCCAGUGCAUCCCUACGCCGGCCGCCUGGUUCGCCCACCAGCUCCCUGUGUGGUUCCAGAAGUUCAGCGUGGUGGCCACGUAUAUCAUUGAGAUCGCUGUGCCCCUGCUGUUCUUCUCCCCCAUCCGCCGCCUCCGCCUCUUUGCCUUCUACUGUCAGGUCCUGCUCCAGCUGCUGAUCAUCGUCACAGGCAACUACAACUUCUUCAACCUGCUCACCAUCGUCUUGUGCUUCUCGCUGCUGGAUGACGAGCAUGUGGGGCUGUGGCUGGGGCGUGGCAAGAGGAGACCCGCCAGCGCCUGGCCUCCAAGCCUGCUGUCUGUCCUCUCCACGCUGCUGGAGCUGACUGUCUAUGGGUUAUUCAUCUACUGGAGCAUCCAGGACUUUGGCCUGCAUUUCAACUGGGAGAAGCAGCUCAUUGAAUCCAAAACAGCUUUCACUUACCAUGACUUCAUCCAGUGGCUGAAGACGGUGACUCUCCCUUUAGUGGGGUUGGGCCUCCUCUCCCUGGCCUGGGAAAUCCUCUCUGCCAUGUACAGGUGUGCCUGUGUCCGGGGCUUUCCCUGGAAGCUCUGGGCUACUCUCCAGUGGGCUGUUUUUGCUGUCGCAGCAGCAGGGAUGUUUGCCAUCAGCCUGGUGCCCUUCACCUACAUAGAGUACGAGUCGAACGGGAAGCUGUGGCCCAGCAUCCACCAGAUGUUUGGUGCUGUUGACCGCUACCAGCUGGUGAACUCAUACGGGCUCUUCCGCAGGAUGACGGGGGUCGGGGGCCGGCCAGAGGUGGUGGUGGAAGGAAGCUAUGACAAGGAGAAAUGGACGGAGAUUGAGUUCAUGUACAAGCCAGGGAACGUCAGCGCAGGGCUUCCUGUGGUGGCCCCGCACCAGCCCCGCCUCGACUGGCAGAUGUGGUUUGCAGCCUUGGGGGAUCACACCCACAGCCCCUGGUUCACGAGCUUCGUCUAUCGCCUGCUACAGGGCAAGAAAGAAGUGAUCCACCUGGUACAGGUUGACGAAACUAAAUACCCAUUCAGCUCACGGCCGCCUGCCUACAUCCGAGCCCAGCUCUACAAGUACUGGUUCACGGAGAGCACCAAGGACGGGGGCUUCCCCCGCCAGUGGUGGCGGCGGCAGCGUGUGCAGGAGUUCUACCCCAUGGUGUUCCUGGGAGACCCCAAUCUGGAGGCCAUGCUCAAUCAGUACGGGCUGAAGGACAAGGCACCCCUGAAGCGCCCUACAGACGCCCUCCUGCCCACAACCCUGCAGCUCAUCCGGGAGCUGAGCCGCCCCUACACAGGCCCUGCCGUGGUGUGGACGCUCUACCUCACUGCUGCCACCAUCUGCCUCCUGCGAGCGCUGGGCAGCAGGACGCUGGGCAGCGCCCCCAGCGGCCGGCACAAAGGCUCCAAGCGGCCUGAUGCAGCAGAGGGAGACAAGGACCAAGCGGGCACCGAGAAGAACGGGCAGGUGAGGAAGAAGGAGGCAGAGGAGAAGGCCGAGGGCAGAGCCCGAGGGGCUGGAGACGCCCCUUCCGAUAGCCUCCGGAGCACCAGGAAGAAGAAAUAGCCCCGAAGGUGCCAGCCCUAGGACACCCCCCCCCCCCCUUUCUUCCAGGCAAUGACUGAUAUCACCUCUGCUCUGAACUCCUGUCUCUGGGCUCGCCGCUCUCGCCUUGCCCGGCUCCGCUCUGAUGGCCCCACAGGCCUCGCGUGGGGGCCCAUUGGUUAUCAGUCUCCACCCCCUUCGGCUCCAUGUUGGCCUGGGCUUCCUCCCCCCACAGCCCCGUGGAUCGGGGGGGGGCUGCUCUGCCUCCCCUCAGGACGGGGGUGGAAUGUCGCUUACACCCCAGUCUGCCCAAGGAGAGGCCAUGCCCUGACCUACCCCUCCCCCACCCUGCUCUGGGUGGGGCAAGGGGCUGAGGAGAAACAGCUGUCGCCCCCUUCCCUUAGGGCUGCGGUCUCUGGACACCGGUGUGGUCAGUCCCCUCCCUUCCCUCCCCGCUGCCAGCUCCUGGCCCUGCCGGGGAGCUCGCUGCCCCUGAGGGCCAUGGCCAGUACAUCCGGUUAUUGCUGCUGGACAAUGGCCUUACUCCGCCCACCGAGCUGGCCCUUACUGCUGCAAAGAGCGCUGGGCGUGGGCUGCUGGGAACAGCGAUCCCUGCAGCAGACCCAGGGCCAGGAGCCACACAAUCUCCCCAGUGGCUCUUAGGACUGAAUUGCCCCAACCUGCCAGAUCUCCAGCUCCUAGGGCCACUGGAACAGGGGCAGGCUGGGAAUCCUGGCGCGCAGGCCAGGAGCCAUGGCCCAGCUUGGAUGAGCUGCAGGCUCCGGCUAUGCCCAGCCCUUUCCCUUGUGCUGAGGGCCAGCAGUGACAUGCUCAUUGGGCCUUCUGCCACCUGUAUGGAAACCUUUCCAUCGUCUCCCCUUCCAGUGCUGCCUUAUGCUGCCCCCUCCUGUAUCCACCUGCGGGUGCAGGGGCUGUUGUGCUUGCCCAGGGUUGCUGGGGUCCCAUGACCAUGUACAGCACAUCCAGGGGCACGGGCACUCUGACUCGCUCUCCCUUGGGCACAGGGCGUGGCUGGAACGUGCUUCCUGGCAGCUGUUAACAGAGUGGAGAUGUUUCCUGUAACUUUCUAAAUAAAGCCUUUGACAUUCCAGCCCUGCCUCCCUUCCUGGUGGGGGGAGUGGUUAGCCCCUUAGCCGGGGGGAGGGGAGCAUAGGGCAUGGACGGGUGGUUCCUGCCAGGCAGCCCCGGCUGUAAUACGAAUUCCCCAGGGCCAUGUGGGCGGGGGGGGGGGGGUGUGCACACUCCCUCCCCCCUCUGAUUGUUGAGGCUGGGAUCCUUGGACCGCUGGGCCCUGGAAAUGUAGCUGCGGAGGCCGCACGGGGGUUGCCUGGCUCAGGCUGCUCUGGACUAGCAGCUGGGUGCUCUGCCCCCUCUAGCAGUGCUGGGCGCGCAGCUGUGGGACUAGGAUUUCUGCUGUAGCUGUCUCCAUGGCACCACAGUGCUACCACCCCUCCCCUACCCCUCCUAGCCAGAGAGCUUCCUGAGCCCUAGUGUAACGGGAGGUGCUGAAGCCAGCUCAUGUUUUACCCCUUCUGGGCUCUGAGCAGAGUUCACUGGAGGCAGCUGCUGCAGCAGCUGUU